GAUUGAGAGAACUCCGGAAUUGUCAUCGAUGGGGUUGUCUCUGUUUGCCACCCACACCACUGUUCUUUGGGGAACUUGGUUGUACCAGAUGCCGAUAUAUCUGUACUUUGAACUGCCAGGGGUGAAGAAUCCAAGAGCGAAAACUUUCCCAUCGGAGACAAUCAAACUACCAUCAUCUUUAACAGAGUGGUUUGGUGUUAUGGUAUCAAUGGAAACAGUGAAGCCAAAAAGCAAACAGAGAAGCAGUACCUUAAUCAACCAUUUUCCAGAAUCCAUGACUUGCGGAAGGCUAGGUGGCAAUUUGGAGAUUAAAGUAUUUGUUUAAUGCAGUUGGAAACCAUUAAUAAAGAGGUGCAUGCUGAGUCAGAAGGACAACUCAGUCCAGUAGUUGCCAUGAUGAAGACAUUUUUCUGCGUUUCUGUUUGGUUAAACGUCCAAUUUGGUCCCUGAAUUAUUGUUAGACCCCAAAUAUAGUCCUUAAAGUAAA